GGACCCCGGACCCGCACGCGCUUGGUGCCCCCUCCCCGCCCGGCGGGCGCGCGCCGCCUCCCGCUCCGGCUCCAGCUGGCGGCGGCGGCGGCGGCGGUGGCGGCGGCCCGGAUUGUUUUUGUUGUCGCUGAGGCCGGAAGAGCCGUGAGAGAGCCGGGUCCCUGUCCCCGGCCCCGGCGCCGCCGCCGCCGCCCCCUGCCCAGCGCCCGCGUCUUCGCGGCGCCGCUUCAGCGCCAAGAUUCCGGAGAGCAAGCGUUACUCGGCGGCGGCGGCGGCGGGGCCCGGAGCGGGAGGCGCGGGGGACCGGGGCGAGGCGGCUCCUGCCGCCGCCAUGGAGGCGCUGGGACCCGGACCUCCAGCCAACCUUUUCCAGCCACCUCGGCGUCCUGGCCUUGGAACUGUUGGGAAACCAAUUCGACUGCUAGCCAAUCAUUUUCAGGUUCAGAUCCCUAAAAUAGAUGUGUAUCACUAUGAUGUGGAUAUUAAACCAGAAAAACGGCCUCGUAGAGUCAACAGGGAGGUGGUAGACACUAUGGUGCGGCACUUCAAGAUGCAAAUAUUUGGAGAUCGGCAGCCUGGCUACGAUGGCAAAAGAAACAUGUACACAGCACAUCCACUGCCAAUCGGACGGGAUAGGGUUGACAUGGAGGUGACCCUCCCGGGUGAGGGUAAAGACCAGACUUUCAAAGUGUCUGUGCAGUGGGUGUCAGUUGUGAGCCUUCAGCUGCUCUUAGAGGCUUUAGCUGGACACCUGAAUCAAGUCCCAGACGACUCAGUCCAAGCACUUGAUGUGAUUACAAGGCACCUCCCCUCUAUGAGGUACACUCCAGUCGGCCGGUCUUUUUUCUCACCUCCUGAAGGUUAUUACCACCCUCUGGGAGGGGGCAGAGAGGUCUGGUUUGGCUUUCAUCAGUCUGUGAGACCUGCCAUGUGGAAUAUGAUGCUCAACAUUGAUGUAUCUGCAACUGCUUUCUACCGAGCUCAACCUAUCAUUGAGUUCAUGUGUGAGGUUUUAGACAUUCAGAACAUCAAUGAACAGACAAAACCUCUAACGGACUCCCAGCGUGUCAAGUUUACCAAAGAAAUUAGGGGUCUUAAGGUUGAGGUGACUCACUGUGGACAGAUGAAACGGAAAUACCGAGUUUGUAACGUGACGAGACGACCAGCCAGUCAUCAGACCUUUCCUUUGCAGCUAGAAAAUGGUCAAGCUAUGGAAUGUACAGUGGCUCAGUAUUUUAAGCAGAAGUAUAACCUGCAGCUGAAAUACCCCCAUCUUCCCUGCCUUCAAGUGGGACAAGAGCAAAAGCAUACCUACCUGCCACUUGAGGUCUGUAAUAUAGUGGCAGGACAGAGAUGUAUAAAGAAGCUCACAGACAAUCAGACAUCCACCAUGAUCAAAGCCACAGCACGCUCUGCUCCUGACAGACAGGAGGAAAUCAGCAGACUGGUGAAGAGCAACAGCAUGGUGGGUGGACCUGACCCAUACCUGAAGGAAUUCGGGAUUGUUGUUCACAAUGAGAUGACCGAGCUCACAGGCAGGGUGCUUCCGGCCCCAAUGCUGCAGUACGGAGGCCGGAAUAAAACAGUAGCCACACCCAGCCAGGGUGUCUGGGACAUGCGAGGAAAACAGUUUUAUGCUGGCAUUGAAAUUAAAGUAUGGGCAGUGGCUUGUUUUGCGCCUCAGAAACAAUGUAGGGAAGAUUUGCUAAAGAGCUUCACUGACCAACUUCGUAAGAUCUCCAAGGAUGCAGGGAUGCCUAUCCAGGGUCAGCCAUGUUUCUGCAAGUAUGCGCAAGGUGCAGACAGUGUGGAGCCCAUGUUUAAACAUCUGAAAAUGACAUAUGUGGGCCUGCAACUAAUCGUGGUGAUUUUGCCUGGGAAGACACCAGUAUAUGCGGAGGUGAAGCGUGUUGGAGAUACACUUCUAGGUAUGGCCACGCAGUGUGUGCAGGUCAAAAAUGUUGUGAAGACCUCGCCCCAAACCCUUUCCAACCUUUGCCUGAAGAUAAACGCCAAGCUUGGAGGAAUUAACAAUGUACUAGUGCCUCAUCAAAGGCCUUCAGUGUUCCAGCAGCCUGUCAUCUUCCUGGGAGCAGAUGUCACUCACCCGCCUGCUGGGGAUGGAAAGAAGCCGUCCAUUGCAGCCGUGGUGGGCAGCAUGGAUGGCCACCCCAGCCGGUACUGUGCCACAGUCCGGGUGCAGACAUCUCGACAGGAGAUUGCCCAGGAGCUCCUCUACAGUCAGGAGGUUGUGCAGGACCUGACGAGCAUGGCUCGGGAGCUGCUCAUUCAGUUCUAUAAGUCCACGCGCUUCAAGCCCACACGCAUCAUCUACUACCGCGGAGGGGUGUCCGAGGGACAGAUGAAACAGGUAGCAUGGCCGGAGCUAAUAGCAAUUCGAAAGGCAUGUAUAAGCUUGGAAGAAGACUAUCGGCCAGGAAUAACCUACAUUGUGGUACAAAAGAGGCAUCACACACGACUCUUCUGUGCAGAUAAAAUGGAAAGGGUGGGGAAAAGUGGCAAUGUCCCAGCAGGCACUACGGUGGAUAGCACCAUCACACAUCCAUCUGAGUUUGACUUUUACCUCUGUAGUCAUGCAGGAAUUCAGGGAACCAGUCGUCCUUCUCAUUACCAGGUCUUGUGGGAUGACAACUGCUUCACUGCAGAUGAACUGCAGCUACUGACUUACCAGCUCUGUCACACUUACGUGAGGUGCACACGCUCCGUCUCCAUUCCUGCCCCUGCAUAUUAUGCCCGGCUUGUAGCAUUCAGGGCAAGGUAUCAUUUGGUGGAUAAAGAUCAUGACAGUGCGGAAGGCAGUCACGUGUCGGGACAGAGCAACGGCCGGGAUCCUCAGGCCUUGGCUAAGGCUGUGCAGAUCCACCACGAUACCCAGCACACCAUGUAUUUUGCCUGAGAGUCUUAGAAAAGAACUCAACCAAUUUGGCAUCCCACUCAUCCUCACAAUGUUUCAGAUUGCCUACUCCUCUCGUAGAGCCACAGUUGGUUCAGGUCCCUACCAGCAGCUCAGAACAGUUGCACUGAGUCUGGACUCUGCAGCCCUGUCUGAGGCAUUAACAAAAUUGAGCCAUUUUUUUUUUUUUUAAAGAAAUAGAUACUCAUAGAUUAUGUUUUCUGAUGCACUGGGCAGAAUUCUUACCUCGAUGUGCGAAGGUUGAUCAGCCUUGACUUUCUAAAGGACUUUCCAAGAAGGGUUUCUAUGGAAUAUUUUGCUAGCUGUGGUAUUCACCGCAUCUAGUCUUAUAAGAGGAGUAUUUCCUUUUUCCUGUGUUUAUUGAAUGGAGUGCGUAACUGGGAGAGAGAAACCAAACAACCUGUAUCAUUUCCAUUAACUUUUCAAUUGGGUGGGUCCAUAGACUUCUUAAUGGAGAUUUCUGACUUUGCCACUAUAAAUGCCUUUAAGGAGCAUUAAUUUUUGAAAGUUUUACAGAACUCUGUUACCUUCACUGCUUUAUCUUACUGAUCUCUUCGGGCCUGCGCUGUGGAGUACAGGCUGCCCGGCAAUUGCACUAUAUCUGGCUGCAGAUCCAACAGGCAGUUCCCUUACUUGGCUGGCUUUUGUGACUCCAUGACAUAAGCAGAUGUAAUGCGUGUCAUGGGGACAGAUAACACUGCCAUGGUAAAAAGUACCCAUGUUCUCCAUAUUUGGAAAAAGAGAAUUAGCUUUUAGUAUUUUUCCAUGUCUUCAAAAGUGCCCGUUUUAUGCUGCUGUGUGGUGUGUUAGAUCUAAAUGAUCUUUAAACUUCUCUCAUAGAAAGUUAACUUUGGCAAUAAGCAUUUUUAAGGCCCCUGCCCUUUCUCCUCCUGAUGUAGUUUUCUAGAUGAGAUUUUAGUAUGAUUUUAUCAACCAUUUCUUAUAUAUCAUAACUAGGAUAUUCUGAAACCAGUUUAUAAAGACACAGAUUUCAAUGUCCUUUUAAGUAAUUGUUUUUUUUAAAAAAAAAAAAAAAACAAAACCUAUUUUAUAGUCAGUGUCCUUCACUUUAAAAAAAAAAAAAAGCUGGAACCAGGAUGCUUUCUGAUUGGUCAGGCUUUGCUGAUGUGUAAGGCACAUUGAGCAUUACUGCACUUGAAAAGAAAGUACCAGCCAGUAAAAAACUAGUUUCCCUGGGAGUCAAGGCUGUGCGCACAGCUGCCUUCAAGGCAGCUUGACAUGUGCUUGCUGGCUUUGCCUUUCUCUUUUUCAACUAAAACUCUGUAGAAGAAGUUGAUUUUUUUUUUUCUCUUUCUGUAAUAGGUUCUAGAUUCCCUCACAGGAAGACAAGAUUCCUUUUCUUGUCCAAACAAAGGGAACUGAUGUAAAGCAAGUAUCAGUUAGAACAUAGGGGAAAUGUAUUCUGUAUUUAGUGUAGAUAAUACUUUGUUAAGGACAAGCGUUACAUAGUCAAGGUAGUUCCACCCACGGUUUCCAGCCCACAUUUUACUCUAAACUGAAGGGCAAGGGGUAAAAGGUAAGAGGCUCUAUGUACAGCCACACUCCUCCUGGCUGGGGAGGGUGCUAGGGAGAGACUGAAGUCUCUGUAGAAACCAUUGGUGGGAAACACUGGAUCGGAUGGUAAAGGGCGUUUGCUUGAACUCAUUAGUUGGUCCAAGGUUCACAUCUGUUAAACGAGUGCUCUCAUAAUCCCAGCAAUAUAAAGCACAGUUUCCCUUCAGUUGUUUCAAUAAGUGUGUAGAUACGUUAAUGUUUACAUUUCCGUGUACUGUCUGUCGCUCAGCCGUGCCACCAGUGUUUGCUGAGACUGGCCUCCGAGAGAGUGUACAAUGCCUAUCUAAUCCUAUAGCACAUGAGGAUGGGUGCAGACAUCCUUAAUAUCUGCAGACAGUGGGGAAAAGCAAGUCCUGUGGCUGAAGCACAACACAGGAGUGAAGAGACAGCAGAUGUCCGUUCCCUAAGAUUUUCCUUUUUUGCAAAUACCUCACUUGGAUAAUACAAAUCAGGACAUGUUGACAAAUGGCUGACUGCCGCUUUUAUUCACACCUGUUCAGGGAAAGCACAGAAAAUACUCUGCAGCACAGCCACUCUGGACCCAAAAGGAGGGGGAGAAAAGGAAGUUUUUUUAGGAAAAGGAAAACUUGCCUGGAGUCUGUGAUGUGAAGAACCCUUGGUGGCUGGUGGCUAGCCAGAGGCACCAUACCUGCACUGGAGUGCCUAGGGCUUGCUUGUUGACAGUGCACAGUUUAAGAAACUCUUGCCAUCUUCCAACACAAUGGAACAGUGAGCAAGCAGUGCACCCAGAAGCCCCAUCCACGUUCCUGCAAUUGGGUUCUAGGUUUGCCCAUGAACAAUAUUUCUGAAACUGUCAGUCUUAGUCUGCUGGGGUGAAUCAGUGUGGGGCUGGAGGGAAAGCCAAGAGACCGACUUUUGCAGGAAAAUGGUACCAAUAAGCAUGUGAUGCUGUUGUUCUGCACAAAUGGAAAAAAAUAUGGAAGAGUUAGGAUUACUGGGGGAAAACAUGCUGAGGGGUGAACAGUCAGGAGGUGAUCACUGCAGAAUCAGAACUGCAGUAAUACCAUCGAAAGCAAAUCUGAAUGCAUAGUUUUAAUUUAACUAGGGUUGGCAAUUCAAAUAGGUACCCCACCCCCUCAAAAAACUGACUGACUUGUUAUGCAUGUGUCAAUCAUUGGGAGGUGUGCAUUCUCUAGAAGUAGUGUUAGGCUGUUUGGUUCUUUUAAAUGCAGCCUAUUUAGGUUCUGUCAUGUAGUGUGGAAGGUUUUGGUGUAGCAACUCUAAAGAAUGACAGUUUGGGGCUAAGGAGCAUAGGACAUUAAGAAUGGGAAAGACCCAAGUGUUGAACCAAUUAUGUUUUGUUGUUCUUAGUUGUUGAAUUCUGAGCUGAUGCAGCCAGUGUUCUGGGCAGGCGAACCACAUUCGUUCUUACUGUAUGUUCUAUAUGCUGCUUCCAAAGAUGAUGACUUACAAGCAGGCAUGUUCUAAGUGGUGUGUACCUUAGGAUCUGGGGUCCAGCCCGUAUCCUAGAUCAAAGCCUACCCACCUGGCUCAGCUACCUAGUCCUUCCCAUGGGAAAAGGCAAUGCACUGCUCUAACCAGGCUCACCCUCUCUACACCACCAUGGUUACCGUCCAUGGAUAUGCUCUUAAGAUUGUCUUGCUCAGUAGCAAGGUGGCUGCUCUGCUUUCACUUUAAGAAAGCAGAGGUUGAGUGCAUCAUACUAAUAACUGCUUCAACUCCAAGAAUUAAAGGAAAGAUCUUUAUUGCUGAACCAUUUUCUUGUUCCUUCCUACCGACAUAUUCAUAUUCUUUCUGUGUGUACUGGCUGAAAUGUUUGUGUUUGUUUAUCUGACUAAUGGUAUGGUUUCUGUAUGGUUAGACUUGUAAUGUUUUAAAAUGUAUAUUAUUAUUUUGGACUGGAUGUUUGUCUCCAGCGAUAUGAGGUACUUUCUAAGCUAUUAAGGAAGGGUUGUACCCCCAUGUGAGAUAAGAUAACAGUUGUUUAAAAUUUGCAGAGGUUUUUGUUAUUGUUAUUGGUUUUGGUUUUUCAGGUUUUUUGGCCUGCAGGGAUAUUUUGUGUUCAUGUGUCCAAAAAGUGGAAAGGGGAAUAAACUGGCAUUCUUGUGCUAACAGUUGUUUUUCUCAUCAGUUGUGUAAUAAAUAUGGAAUACACUGUAAUGG